AUGUCUCCUUCCCCGCUUUCGCAUAGACGACUCAAGCCAGAACCUCUCGAGGCCACUGGAAGAAGCUCGAGGCGUGCUCUCAGCCCAUCAGACCACCCUUCAGCCAGUUCUAAAUCUGACAAGGCACGUCCCUUAAAUACCGAUUCCAUGCCUCCUCAAACCAAACCUCGCAGGUUUCUACCUCAGCCGGUGGAGGAGAGUGUUAGGAGUUCUAGGAAGAAGAACGGGGAACAUAUAGAGGGCUCACCGGCCAGAGGAGGUUUUCUGGAGACUGCCGGUAUAAACGCUCACUACUCUUACUCUGACGACCCGGUCUUCCCCGGCGUGCCGAAUAGUAGACCUUCGACAACACCGAGACACUUUACACCAGAGCCGGUCGAGACUAGCACACGGACGUCGAGGAGGAAGUUCGCUCCCGAACCAAUUGAGACAAGUACGAGGAAGAACAAGGACCAAAACACCGCUCAGGAGAACGAAGCUUCAUCCAAACCUCGCCGGAAGUUUGCCCCGGAGCCAGUCGAAACCACGACAAGGAGUAGCAAAGACAAGGAGCCCCCAGACGCCGAAGAGAUCCCGACGACACGCCCGCGUCGAAAAUUCGCUCCAGAACCCAUCGAGACCACGACGACGACAAGGAGGAGGCGCAAACCUGAUCCUGAGGACGCGGAUGAGGAACCUCCACUGCCUGCUGACUCCACUGCUUCCAGCAGAACCUCUUCUGGACCCCGUAAAUUCUCACCCGAGUUGCUGGAGACUGCUAAGGGCUCCUACCGACGUGUCCAUCUGCCUCCUCCCGAAGUCAAAAGCCCUUCACCCAGUCUGGCACAGCCCUCGCCGUCGGCGCCGGCGGGAGAAGAAGAGGUAGCGGACGAAGUCGGCGGACUGGAAGAGUCGAAGUUUUCGGCAGCAGCUCUUGCUCGAAAACAUCCAGAUGCCACCCGACAGCAUUCUUUCAUUGUUCCCGAUUUGCCUAUGAUUGAGUCCACUACUGAAGAUGAAUCUUCCGAUGCACCUUCUCUAAGUGACUCUCCACCGUCGGUGGAAGCCAACAACAAAAAGGACAACAAUCGACCUGGUGCAAAGGACAGCUAUACCGAAUAUGUCCUCCGGUUGGCCGCCGAGACGGUGACCGAGAAGGAAUUACAAGAGCAGGCGAUGGCCGCAUAUAUCAACGAGCGACCACAUGAACCCGUGGAUCAUUUUGCCAUCUCCCACGAUGAAGAUGAAGAUGGUCCUCUACCGGCGCCCAUGUUCCAGGGAGAAAAAGGGGUCGACAUCCGCACGUUUCGGCGGUCAUCCGCUGCCGAGCUAGAUCUAGAACUACAGAAUAUGCGAAGACACCAUGAGCAGCUGGAACAGGCCAAACGAGAAUUGAAGGCUGAUACCGCUGGUCCGAGUCGGUUCAGUGCUGUUGCCCUGGCGACACGCCACGCCCUAGAAGCCAAAGGAGUGAAGAAAACAAAGAAACCUAGAGGACCCGACGAAGAUUCGGAACUUGCUCGAAUGAGAGCAGCAGCCUCACCUCCCAUGUUAGGCGACAAUCUCAUUUUCCCAUUCACCAUCUCACCGAAGAUGACACGAUGUGAUCCAGAUCAACCUCCACGGCCACGAAACGUGGACGGCGACGACGAAUCCAAGAAUUCCGGUGGCCCUGUCUUGUGGAAAUCCGAAGCAAAACCCAAGAAUGACGCGGGAGGAGGUUUAUGGAUGGGGAUGUGUCAGGCAGGAAUGUGGCAACCGCGGGGUCCGGAGAAUGGGCUGCGGAGUGGAAUUCAAACACCUGCCCCUCAAACUCCAGCGAGUGAGAAAACCAAUCCUUUUGAGUCGACGACCCCGGGACGGGAUGGGCAAACUCCCGGACGACGAAGACCAUACUCUGGCAUAAGUUUGGUUCCGUUAACCCCCCCGCGGAGUCAAGACGGUGAAGAUGUUUUCACGAGCAUGAUCGAUAAGAAGCUGCACCUGGAGAAAAAAAUUGAAGAUGAAUUUCCCGCUCGUGUGAUUACACAGAUUUACAACUAUUUGAGUCUUGGAUACCCCAGCCUUGCACAUAUGUUUGAUGAGGAGUUGAGCAAGAUUAGUAGAAUUCCAUUAGAAGAGCUGAGAAAAGACGAUUAUAAUGUGGAUGCGAAGGGCUAUGUUGGGGCUCCCGAAGGUGACGGGUGUGACGAAAGUGAGGUCAUUGGCAAGUGCAAGAGAUGGGAAGCUUUGAGAUUAUACGUCCGAGAGUGGGCACGACAAAGUCCUAAUUUCGCGGACGACCAGAGACGAGUGAAACUGGGUGCUAACGAGGAUUGGGGAGCAAGAGCAAGGAAGGGCAGUUGGGGACAUUGA